GUGGCAGAGAGAAAGUCAACGUAUUGACAUACUGGCCAUACAACGCAUUGCGUUUAGUUGUUUGGUGCUCUUAAAGUAGGUUUCGUUAUACUUCAACAAAAUGUCUUUGGCAUAUUACUAUGAUUUUAUGUCCCAGCCAUCGAGGGCUUUGUAUAUAAUACUAAAAAUGAGUGGAGUACAAUUUGAGGAUUGUCCGGUGGCAUUAAGAAAUGGUGAACAUUUGACCGAAGAAUUUAAAACCAAUAUAAAUCGUUUCCAGAAAGUGCCAUGUAUAAUCGAUGAUGGCUUUAAAUUAGCAGAGAGUAUAGCUGUAUUGAGAUAUUUAAGUGCCAAGGGUAAAAUACCCGAAUACCUAUAUCCCAAAUAUUUUGUGGAACAGGCUCGAGUUGAUGAAUUCCUAGAAUGGCAACACAUAACAUUGCGCAUCACAUGUGCUUUAUAUUUCCGUACCAUAUGGCUGGAACCCUUGUUAUCGGGGAAAAGGCCAUCACCAGAAAAGGUGGAAACAUUAAAGGCUCACAUGGAAUUGAAUCUGGACAUUGUGGAAAAUGUAUGGUUGGAGAGUACAGACUUUUUGUGCGGCAAUCAAAUGACAGUGGCAGAUAUUUUUGCGGCCUGUGAGAUUGAGCAGACACGUAUGGCCGAUUAUGAUGUUCGCAUUAAACAUCCCAAAAUCCGUGCAUGGUUGAAACGUGUGCGUGCCGCUUGUAAUCCCCACUAUGAUCAUGCCCAUCAGUAUGUGUAUAAAAUCAGUGGCACCGCACCGAAUUCAAAACUUUAAAGGAGUGGUAUAAAUGUUUGUUUGUUGUGAUGAUCCCUGAGCCAGUUGUAGGGAUAAUCCACUUAGGUAUACCAUUUUAAACGCUGGAAACAUUUUUCCAAAUGUUAUUACAUGUAGCUUAUAAAUGAUUUGUUUUACGUUGUUGGUUGAAUUCGUCUGAUAUGAGUGAUUUUGUUCGGUUUUUGUUUAAUUUAAUUUUAUUACUUCAUAAGUAAAUAAAAACAAAAGACACUAGACUGUAUGUUGUCUGUGCACGACAUUUUAUGUUAAAAUCUUAAA